UAGCUCAGAAUCAUAUAUAUAUAUAUAAUACUUAAUCUUAUGUUCUAGGUAGCUAAAGUAAACCAAAGAAAGUUGAAGAUGUGGCGUGUUCUAGCUGCAGUGACAAGAAACCUUCAGAGCACAAGAAAGAGUUCCAAGGUGGCAGAUGAGAGCAUGUUUGAAUCAGGAAACGGUGUAGAGCUAUUUGGACAUGAGAGGGGAAGAAGAUCACAACAUGGUUGGGGGCUUGUGUGUAGCAUUCUUCAAGCCCCCAUAUCAAUACUCUCAUGUGUUUCUCACCCUCAGGUUAAUAAUAAUGGCUCUGAUGGGAUUUGGGUAACUACUGGGGAAUUCUCAUCACAGGUGUCUGAAAUGAACCAUCUCAUGGUAAGUGAUAGCAUGAGAUAUGCAAUUUUGAUGUAGGGAAUACUUGUGAAUGCCAAUUGUGUUGCUCUUGGUUUCUAAGGACAACAACAUCACAUAACUCCUCUUCUCUUGUCCUCAUUUUUCUUUCUCUUCUCUGUUUACAGUUUGGAUCAUAUAUAUGUAAUACACUAGGUGAUUGAAUGGAUCAGCCAAAGUUAUGACCUACUUUUUUGUGUGUAUUUGUUUUCCCCCCAUUUUUUCAUUGUUAAUAAACAGGUGUAUGUAUGUCUUUUUUGUAUAUAUCACAUGUAUCUUUCACGCAACAA